AUGGCGAUUGGAGAAGAUAAUUCUACUGCUACUGGAACGAGCGCUGGAAUAACCAUAGAUCAUCAUCAUCCUCUGUAUUUACAGCCUUGUGACACUCCAGGUAGUUCCUUGAUCUCUAUUCAACUGACUGGAUCUGAAAAUUAUGUGUUGUGGAGCAGAUCUAUGAAAAUAGGUCUAAUCGGUAAAAGUAAGCUAGGAUUUGUUGACGGUCAUUGUACUAAAGAUAAAUUUGAUCGAUCCUUACAUGAGCUUUGGGAGAAAUGCAAUGCGAUAGUCCUGUCAUGGAUCAUGAAUGCAGUAAGUAGUGAACUACUUAGUGGAAUUGUGUAUAAAUCGAGUGCUCACAAAGUUUGGACUGAUUUGAAGGAUAAAUUUGAUAAGGUAGAUGGAUCUCGUAUUUUCUAUUUGCACAAGGAGAUUGCUACUCUGUCGCAGGGGAUUUCCUCAGUGUCUGCUUAUUUUUUAAAACUGAUAGAUCUCUGGGAAGAAUAUGAUGCAUUAAUGCCUUGCCCUGGGUGUGACUGCCCAGAAUCCAAAAGUUAUUCUGAGCAUUUUGAGUAUCAAAGGCUUUUACAAUUUCUAAUGGGGUUAAAUGAGAUAUAUAGUCAACCUAGGAGUCAAAUUUUGAUGAUGAGCCCAGUUCCUUCAGUAAACAAGGCCUAUUCCAUGGUAGUUUCUGAAGAAAGCCAAAGAGCCUUGGGAAAAUUUUCUCAGUCUGUAGACAUAGGAGAUGGAUAUACAAGAGAAAAUUGUUACAAGUUGCAUGGAUAUCCAACUGAUUUUAAAACAAGAAAGAGAGCAGCAGGUUUUCCUCAAAAACCUAUGGCUAAUGCAACAACACAUGAAGGUCAGCAGGCAAUAACAAAGCAGUUUACUACUGCAACUUCACAUGAGGGACAACAAGUGAUGAAUGCAUCUACUGCAAGUCCAGCACAGGGAAAUCCAAUUACACUUACACAAGAACAAUAUGAUCAAAUAUUUAAGCUGAUCAACAAGGACACAGGUGAAAAUUCAGGUUUUGCAGGUACAACUAAGACCUUUAUUACCAAUGAAGAUAUUAAUAGUGAAAAGUGGAUAGUGGAUUCUGGUGCGACCAAUCAUAUGGUUCACAUUAAAGAGCUACUUGACAAAAUAAACAAUAAGAUUCUAGGAAAUGCACCAAAGGACUUUCACAGUGGGAAGGUGAAGGGAAUUGGUAAGGAGUUAGAAGGCUUGUACAAGUUGCAGCAUCAGAAACUGAAAGCUAAAGCUGCAAAUGUACAAGUUCAAGAUCAUUCUAUACAGGAGGAAGAUUUGAGAAUAUGGCAUGGAAGGCUUGGACAUGCCCCAGAAAGAGUAGUAAAGCAGAUUCCAAACUUGAAGUUUAAGUACAAUAGAGAUGGAAUAAAGGAAUGUAUAAUUUGUCCUUUGGCUAGACAAGGCAGAUUGCCUUUCCCUAAGAGUAUAAGUAGAUCAGAUAAACCUUUUCAAAUGAUUCAUGUAGAUGUUUGGGGUCCAUAUAGAUCUUAUGGAAUGCUUCAUCAAAGCUCUUGUGUUCACACUCCACAGCAAAAUGGAGUAGUGGAGAGGAAGCAUAGACAUAUAUUAGAAGUGGCUAGAGCCAUUAGGCUGCAGGGCAAAUCAUCUUUUGAUAUAGUGUAUGGAAGAGUGCCAUCUUUACAGCAUAUGAGGAACAUUGGUUGUUUAUGCUUUGCUAAAUCAGUAGGGGAAGAAGACAAACUUGCAACUAGAUCAAUUGGAGCUGCCCUAAUGGGGGAUGUCAAAUUCAUGGAGCAUGUUUUUCCAUUUCAAUUGCUCAAGGAAGGAAAAUUGCAGUUAUUCCCUAAUGGUGUACUGGACUUUCCAGUCACUGAUGAUGCAGGUUCACUUCAGGGUGCAAAUGGUCUAGACCAAACUACACAACCAGAUGACACUUCAAUCCAUGCAGAUGCAGAUAAUCAUGAACAAGAGAUAUCUGAUCAUAAUGGAUACCAGCUGAGAAAGUCAUCCAGAACUGCUAAGGAACCUUUGUGGAUGGAAGACUAUAUCUGCAAUGGCUCCCUCAUGAGGUCAGAAGGCCAGCAAGAUUGCAAAUAUCCAAUGCAUAACUACUUGACACAUACCAGACUAUCUCCUAAGUUCCAAGCCUACCUGUGCAAAAUCACCAGUACAAGAGAGCAUAUGAAUUAUGAAGAAGCUGCAUCAGAUUCCAAAUGGAUGGAGGCCAUGAAUCAAGAACUGAAGGCACUCGAGGAUAAUGGAACCUGGAGCUUGGUUGACCUACCAGCAGGGAAGACCCCUAUUGGAUAUAAGUGGGUGUUCAAGACCAAGUACAAAGCUAAUGGGGAGGUUGAAAGAUACAAGGCCCGACUAGUUGCUAAAGGAUAUAAUCAAAUAGAAGGUCUAGACUAUCAGGAAACAUUUUCCCCGUUUAGUCAAGAUGGUGACAGUAAGAGUAGUCAUAGCUUUAGCUGCUGCUAA